GAGCAAUUCACCAUUUAAAUUUAAAAACAAAACAAGUUUUUAUACUCAAAUAAUUAAAAAAUUUAAAACAGAACAUAAGUAUAAUUAAAACUAAAUAAAAUAAACAACUCAACAAAAUGUCCGACUGAGUAAUGACAAUGAGAACAAAAUCUCAACUAGACUAAACUUUCUUUAAAACCGGUCCUGUGAAAGUUUUGUUUACCAGUGAGCACUCAAAAUUGAGACAAAACACAAACAUUGCAUGCACUAGACAAAGAGAAAACAUCUCCCAGUUCGACCCGCUUUUCAUCGUUUUAUUUACGUAUGGAUAAGCAGUCUAUUUAAACUAUAUAUGUCAUUGUUAAAUCAGCAUUUAAAGCCGUAACGCAACAUCACACAUGUUCAACGUCAAUCAAAGAUCUCGACACUCAAAAUUAUGAAUGUGUCAGAUUGUCUAAGAGAUAUAUACAUAGGAACGUUUGCGGAAUACAUAACGGCUUCUAACAGCCUCGGAGCCAUGGUAAAAGAGCAAAGCGUAUUGGUCAACAGUUUGUUCAAGCUGGAGAUCAAUUUAAUGCAAAUCUUACAAAAAUACAAGAAACCAGUUCACCCACAAGAAGAGGACAUCUUUUUAGAACCCAUAGCCAAACAAAUCAACAUCAUUAAAAAUUUCACCAUCGAAAAUGGAAGGGAUUGUUCGUAUUUGCACUACAUCAGCGAUUCCGUCGAUAUUUUUCACUGGAUGAAAGAAUCUGAUUUGGAAGUGUUCGUGGAACGAUUUAGCGAUUACAUUAUCGCUUACAAAGACAUAUAUCGAGACUCUAGUUUCGGAGUGAAAUUAUCCAGAUGGUUGGAAACUUGGACUAGGAUUUUGGAGGAGUUUUCUGAAAGUGUUUUAACGAAUUUCAAAACCGGUUUGGUGUGGCACGGUACCGAAAAUUUGCCUACGCAAGCGGUUCUAGGCGAUAAGACUGAAUUUAGAAAUUACGAUCACGCGGCGUUGUUUAAAGAAAUUAAUCAAGGUGAGAAUAUUACUAGGAUACUGAGAAGGAGAAAUGAGAGCGCUGAGGCAACCAAUAGUACGUCUGAAUGAG